GACAAAAGUGUGUGAGAGAAAUAGAGGAGACUAUCUGAAGAUAGUCUCGCAGUUUACAGGUUAGAACAUUUUUCCAAGGUCAGAAAAGGCAAGCAAGUGCCAGAAAGACGAAGGGGAAAUCUCUGCAACAUGGCACUUAUAUCAAGGUUAAGCCUUUACAUCACUGUAGUAUUGAUAUUCAGUUCUUCAUGCUGUGCUGAAGUAUUUAGAAGCAGCAGUAGCAGCAGCAGCUCAUCCAGUAGUAGUACAGGGUCUGAAGCCACCAGCAAUGCUUCUGCCUCGACCGUCACAACACUGCCAAUUGUCACAUGGAAAUGGCAUCAUGUGGAAACCCCGUACUUGGUGGCUCUAUGGAUCUUUGUAUGCUGGCUUUGCAAACUAGUGAUACAAAUGAACACCAAGCUCAAAAGCUUUUUCCCAGAGAGUGGGCUCCUGAUCAUCUGUGGUUUUAUUCUGGGCGGCAUCGUCUGGGGCGCAGACAAGGUACAAACCUUUUCGCUCAGCCCAAGGAACUUCUUUUACUUUUUACUGCCCCAGAUCAUCCUGGACACGGGCUACUUCAUGCCCAACAAGCUUUUCUUCAGCAACCUGGGUGCUAUCCUGAUUCAUGCCGUUAUUGGGACAGUGUGGAACGCAGCUGCAUUAGGGGUCACUCUGUGGGCCUGCUUUCUAGGAGGAGCUAUGGGUGACCUCCAGAUCGGACUCUUACAGUUUCUGCUAUUCGGCAGCUUGCUUGCUGCUGUAGAUCCAGUGGCUGUGAUUGCUGUGUUUGAAGAGGUGCAUGUAAAUGAAGUGCUGUUCAUCUGGGUCUUUGGCGAGUCCCUGCUCAAUGACGGAGUCACUGUGGUGCUGUACAAUGUUUUUGAUGCUUUUGUGUCUUUGGGAGGGCCAAAGAUUAAUGCUGGUGAAAUCAUCAAAGGCAUUGUAUCAUUUUUCGUAGUGGCAUUUGGAGGGUCUAUGAUCGGUGUCGCGUUUGCCAUCAUCAUCUCAUUGUUGACCAAGUAUACGGGGAAAGUCCAGAUCAUUGAGGCUGGUUUCAUCUUCGUGCUCGGCUACCUGUCCUACCUCACAGCUGAAAUGCUUUCACUCUCUUCCAUCCUUUCGAUCACUUUCUUUGGUGUUUGCUGCCAGAAAUACGUGAACGCUAACAUGGAUGAAAAGUCAGUUACUACAGUGCGCUACACCAUGAAAGUAUUUGCAAUUGGCUCAGAGACCAUGAUCUUUGUCUUCUUGGGUAUCACUGCUAUCGAUAAUGUCAUCUGGGUGUGGAAUACUGGCUUUAUUCUCCUUACACUGCUCUUCGCUAUAGUGUACAGAUUUAUAGGUGUCUUUGCCUUGACCUGGAUUCUAAACCAGUAUAGACUGGUUCCAAUUGAGAUCAUUGAUCAGAUAGUGAUGAGUUACGGUGGCCUGCGUGGGGCUGUGGCAUAUGGGUUGGCAGCGUCCUUAGAUGAGACCAGGAUUAAAGAGAAGAACCUGCUGAUCAGCACAACACUCAUUGUGGUGUACUUCACUGUCAUCCUUCAGGGUCUCACUAUGAAGCCUCUUGUCAAAUGGCUAAAAGUUAAGAGGGUGAUGGCAACUGAAUUGAAACUGAUUGAGAAAGUAAACAACAGGGCUUGCGAGCAUAUACUGGCUGCAAUGGAGGAUAUAUGUGGACGCAUAGGUGAUAACUGGUGGACCAGAGGAUGGAAGCGCUUUGAAGGGACGUACAUCACAUGGUUUUUAAUGAAGCCAGAAGCCAGGAAAAACCAAGACUACCUUUUCAGCAUCUUCCACAAACUUAAUCUGGAGGAUGCUGUUAAUUAUGUUACCGAGGGAGAAAAACAAGGAUCUCUGGCUUUCCUGCGCAACAGUGAAGGCACGAAUGUUAAUUUCGAGAAAAAGUAUGGUUUGGAGUUUUCAGGAGUGAUGCCUGAUAUCACAUCUGAGUUAGACUACGGCACAGAUAACGUACCAGUGACCUCCAUCAUACGCGACAGCAUUCCGUCUGUGUCUCUGAAUAUUCAUGAGCAAGAUAUGAAAGCCAUCAACGAGGACGUCAAUGCCCACCACUUACUGCAACAACAUCUGUAUCGGAGCAGGAAAAAUCACCGCCACAGGUACAGCCGUAGCGACUUCACCAUCAACCAGAGUGAAGAUGAAGUGCAGGAGAUCUUCCAGAGGACCAUGAGAAGCCGCCUGGAAUCGUUCAAAUCUGCCAAGAUGGGGGUCACUCCAGCCAAGAAAAUCACAAAGCAUCCCAAGAAAGAAAAGACGUCUAACUCGAAGGCAGAGAACACAGCCGAUCCCUUUGGAGAUGAAGAUUUCGAGUUUUCUGAAGUAGACAGUACGUCCAGCAGUGAUGGAAGGGCUAUAGGUGGCAGUUCCCAAUCAAGAUUUGCAACUGGAGGUAUCGACAACCCAGCCUUCAUGCCAGAGAUGGACGCUCCCCCUCCUCCGUGGCUAACGGAGGCCGAGAACGACUCGAGCGUCGCCCCUUCCCAAAGAGCGCAGCGCAGCCUGCCCUGGAGCCCCAGCAACCUUCGCCGCCUGGCACCUUUGAGGAUCAGUAACCUCUCAACAGACUCCUUUAUGAUGGCAGAUGCUCCUUCAGCGGAGGAAUCCCACGAGGAAACAUUCGAGGAACCACCGAAAAAGGAUGGCACGCAUCUCUAGGCUUCAUAUUAUACAAUAUUUAACAUUAUGCACUAGUGCUAAGAGUAAGAUGGUAUGGUUUAGAGGUUAGUAUUUAGGUUUUAUUGAUUCGUUUUUUUCUUGAAUAUAUCCGUCCUCUGAAGACGUUCAUAAUAGCGUGCCAAUGGCUUGCCAAAGAAACAUGGUAACUGCUCAUUUGAGUGCUUUUGAUGCACUUUUUAUCUUGGAAAGUGAAAUAUCAUAACACAGUCCUUCAGUUGAUCAUUUGUCAUUUUGAAUGUAAUAUUUUCCAGUCCAUAACCAAAUACACUAUAUGGACUAAAGGUUGUGGACACCUGAUUAAGUAUGUUUUUUUUUUUUUGCUUUUGAACAUCCCAUUUCUGAUUUUUCCCAAUAACCUCCACUCUUCUUGGAGGACGUUCCUUCAGGUUUUGAAAUGUCCUUGUGGAGAUUUGUGCACAUUUUGCCUACAAGGGUGUUAAAGUGUAGGUGAGGUCAGGAGGCCUGGGGGUGCAGUCAUCGUUCCAAUUCAUCCCAAAGGUGUUUAAAAGGGGUUAAGGUCAAAAUAUGUAUAGCAGAUUAUUCAAAGAUCUCCACGGAGCAGGCUUUGUGCACUUGUGUCAUACUGGAACAGGUUUGGGUCUCCUAGUGAAGUAUCUCUAUUUUUCUCCAUGUUUCCCAAUUGUUUUGUCGAUAUAGUGUUCAAGAUUUAUAGGAUGACGUUUUAAUGCCACCUUAAAAAAAAAAAAAAGGUCAGCGAUAUUUUUUUUAUGAGAUUUAAGUUGCACUACGAGAAUCAAGUCGAAAUUACGAGGAUAAAGUCGUAGCAAUACGGGAAUUAAGGGGUAAUAUUUUGGGGCAAAGUCAAAAUUGCGAGAAACGCUUUGCAUAAAAUGGAUGGUUGGUUAAAUCCUACUUCAGGUUAAGAUUUAACUCCUACUUUAACUCCACUAUAACGCAGUUAUAAUUAGUAAACCGACACUGCGGCGGUUCUGUCGGAAACUACAUUUAUUUAGAAAAAAAAUCAGACAGACACUGAGGAAACUGCCUCUUUUGUGCAGUCUAAAUCAUAUCGAUGGUUACAUCUGCUUGCAAUUCGAAGGGGAUGUGUUGUUUGUCAAGAGACUAUGAGGAUGAUGAUCGACCCCGAGGAGAAUAUCGACCCUGAAGGAGUUAAACUCCAACACUAGUUUCUUUAAAAAAAAUGUUUAAGGUGGCACUAAAACGCUAUUGCAGAUUUUCUCCCUACAGCAUAUAGGGAUAGUAAUGUUGAACAGGUUGCCAUGUUGUGUAAAAGCACAUGAGUAAAUUCUAUACCUUCCUCUUUCUUUCCUUCACCCAUAGGCAGAUGAUUAUUUUUGGCCUACAGUCUACAAUCUUGUUCUACUUGUGUGCUUCUUCAGUGUCUAAGCUUCAGUGUUUAUUUGCACCGUGUCAAAUUUAUUUAUUGCAGAAUUAAUGAAAUCCUUCGAUGCCUAAAUAGAACCCUGUCUAUGCUCAUGUGUGAAAUAUGCUGCCUAAAACUUUUAGAAAAGAAUAAAAUGUGAUCAUUUAUAGUCUUGUCACUUUUUUCCUUUCACAACAAAAAAAAAACGAAUGCAGGUAAGAAAAGGGACACAUAUUGCAUACAUAGAUAUUUAAUUCAAAUAUUAACAAUUAAAUAGGACAAUAAAACAAACAUAAAGGCUCCAUGAAAUACUAGGAUUGGGUGAUAUAACCAUUCCAGAAAUGUGUUUUGAAGCUGAGGCAGGUCCAUCAAGAGACAAAUCGAGUGCUCUAUGUAUGUAUGUAUGUAUGUAUGUAUGUAUGUAGGUAUGUACGGUAACCAAAGCAGAAUUGAUUUAUUUCCCCCGUAAGUAAUCUCGAGAAAAAGAGGAAAAAACUGACACGGCACUACGGAGCAGGAGCACUGAGUGAACGCUUUAGCAACUCUAGUUUCUCUGUUCGAAGCAAUUUUGCUGCUGAAACCUGUAUAGAACGGAUGCAGAAUUCAUAAACAGCCGAUGCUGAUACACAGCUGCUCCGAAGGACGACGAGCACAAGCUAUUUCUGAUAGAAACUAGAUUUAACUGAAGCUUUCUGGACCCGUCUUUCUGGAAUUUUAAAACUUUUGUAACUGUAAUUAUGUCGCCUGUAUCCUGUAUCGUUUUCCAGUUGCUGCCUGGCUCGUGCAAGCAGUUGGUCAAUGCCAUGCCAAGUGCCCCGAUCACCAACAAAAAAAAAAAACCCAUGUGAAAAAAGUUUGGUCCUGACAUGACGUUACUGGCAAAGUCUUUACGGAUCUGAAUGUGUUCUUGGCAAAGAAAAUGACAAGUUAGACACAUUGUAUUAUAUAUUUUUUUUCUUUUAAACACAUACACACAUUAUACAGUAUAUCACGUAUAUCAGUACAUACUCGGCUUCGACGUUGAAACGAAAGGCUCGUGCCCUUUGAGCAUUUCAAAAGUACGCUUUGUUUUAUGUCCUUUAUUUACUAGUUUAAGAUCAGCACCAUCAAGAAAGGCACAUUCCACAGACAAGUCUCCUUUUAUAGUGAAUUCACCUCUAUGUGGAAAAUUGUAAUAAUAAUAAUCAUAAGAACAAUGCAAGGAUAUAAAAUAGGGUUUUAGUUCAUAAUCUUUUAUCAUAGUGGAUAAAACAUUUAGACAAAAAUUCUUUUUUAGGCUGGACCUUAAAUCAAAGGGCAGGUUUCUAAAGUCUGCUCACGUUUCAAUGGGACAAAAACACACAAACAAGUGUGACGUUAUAUAAAAGAAAGAAUUUAACAUUAGCCACUUGAAACCACACCAAUACCAUAAAGAUAAGACAAUGCAUAAAAAAAAAUUUACAUUGAAAAGAAAAAAAAACAAAAAAACCUGGAGGUCAACAGUCUAUUGCAUUUUUACUGAUUAUUGUUAGACGCUCGUUGUUAAUAAUAAGGUCAUUUGAAUAUUCGCGUAUCUCUCGUAGACUUUAUUAUUUUCGUUAGCAAAAAUAAGUGGUGUGCGUUACACAGAUCCGUUCUUUUAAAUAUACAAAUAUACCUCUGCUCUGAAUUAAAAAGGCUUUUUUUUUUUUUGAGCCAAGGCACCCCAUAAGUCCAGCACGGAGAGAAGGGGCGGGGCUUAUUACAUCACAGUUUGUGCCCGACCUCUCCACCCUCCCACGAAAUGCCUCGUUGACUGGGCCCUAGCGACGAUAUCCGUGGCAACUCGACAUGAUAAAAAGUACUACAGGACCCCUUUUAAAUGCAUGGGAUUUGCAUGCCAUAUUCAUUAUUAUUUUCAAGUUAAAAAAAACAAACACAAAAAAAACAAAUCGAAUGCUGGUAAGUGCCAGAGAAGUAGCAGGUACGUUCAAAACGGAUGGGAGGUUUCACAGUGCCACGCACCGAAUCAUCAUCAAAACAAAAAGGAAUAAAUCAGCCGAACGUGUGCUUCAACCAUUAAGGCAUUUCGAUUGGCUGAAGAAGCUCUUAAUGGUUGUUUACGGUCACAUUUCAUAAUACGUCAGUUCCUUUCUAUGAAUUAAGAGGCGAAAAGGUGUGCGGAUGCAAUACAAUCCCAGACAUCUAAACCGAUCCUACAACUUUUUUCAGUUUCCAUUGGAGCCAGCUGUUCAAAGACCAUCAUUUUUUUUUCAAAUAUGAAAACUAUUAAAUUCUUGCUAUUUUCUUUUUAUUCGUAUGUUGGCGGAUAAACUGAUUAUUCAAUUCGACUGGAAAAUACUUUCUUGUACCCCAAUCAAAGCAUAAUAAACAAACCAGAAAGCAAGCUCGAGUCAGGUGCUGUUUACACGGUUAGAUGAUGUAAUCAGUUAUUAUAUGAAUCAAAGGGGUUUUUGAACAUCUGGCUCUUGGACGUUAUUCGUGACGCCGAAGAAAGAUGCAAGACCUCGCCCAACCUACGAGGCUCUCAGGUGAAUCGUUUGUUUCUAAGACAAGAGCAUGCAACUUCUAAACACUUCGAAAGAAAAUACAUGUUUGAAGUGUAAAGAACACGGCAAGCUGUAGAACCAAACCAGGGAAAGGGAACGGUGGACAAGACGGUUCUGACACCCCCCCGAAUUACAGCAGCGCACUUCGUAGCACCUGGGCAAAAAGCGCCCCAACAAUUAAGUGCAGUAAUAUUGUCGUUGUUCCACUCGCACACUCUUUGCACCAAAACAGAUCUGUUUGUAGAUUUAGCAGCUACACUGGUUUGCAUCUGGAUGUGGCUUCGAGGAUAAAAAUUGACAUAAGCCAAUGCUUAAGGACAAGAGAGGUCAAGUAGUCAACAGUCCUCAUUUAAAAAAAACAAACA